CUCUCCCACUUCUUCUGGAUCACUUUAUCUCCCUCUUCUUCUUCUUCUUCUUCCUCUCUCGUGGGCAUUCGUCUCUCUUGAGAUACAGCACCAGCGCGUUUCCUCGUACGACCACCUUCCCUUAUCCUACUUCAUUUUUCGCCCCAGUUCUGCUCCUCGCGUACAGCGUGAGCGAGAAAGACUGUCCGGCGCAGAGAGAACAACUGGUUUAAACUUGAUUCGAAGGCAGGGCCCUCGAAUUUUCUCUUUCUUGCCUCUUAUUCUCAAAGAGAUCUAUCGUCGAUCCAUCAUCCGAUUACUUACCGUUGCAACUUUAUUAGCACUCAUUGCUGCCGAACGUUACUUGGAAUCGAAGUUAAUGCUGCGGAGCUGGAAGAGCGCAUUGUCUCGCGCGUAUAUUCUGUCGUCACUUCGGUGGCAUGAAUUAGCUCGAUGACGCGCGAAGAAUAAUCCAUAUCAUACGGCACGUCGACUCAAUCACGCCGACCUUGCGAACCAACUAAUACCGAUCUUCGCGGGAAAGCCUACAGAUAAAGUCGAAGGUUCUCAUUAAAAUGGCAUUUGUCAUUUCUUGCAAAAUUACUUCUCUCUUCAUUCAUACACAAAUAUCUAUUUUAAACAUUUAUAAGCAUCCAUAAACUUUGUAAACACCAUAUUUAUCAUAAAUUUGGCGUAUUAUUUUGAUUUAGAUCGCAAUCGCCUUAGAACCAACCCAGACAGCACACAUGUCUAAAAGACGUCACAAUAUCUUUAAGACAUCUUUUAGACAUGCACGUCUAGACACGUGUGCUGUCUGGGAAGCCAAUCCUGUUUCGAAUAGCGACGUCUUCUUUCCGUAAUUGGUUUUCCGAAUGGCGUUUGCGUAAAUAGAACUCAAAUUUGUCAUCGAGACAUAGUGAAAAUUUGCGUGAAAUUUCGCAGAGACGUCCUUCGAUUAUACUCCGCGACGGUACCGAGGAUAAAAAUCGGGACCGAGAACCGCGGAGUCGCAAACGGGGGAAAUUAGAAAUGCGCAUAUCGUAUUUCGUUGAUGUGACAGACGGCGUGAAACCAUUUCGCCAGUUGCAGUACUAAACGAAUGAUUCAUCCUACCUCCAAUUCCCACUUGCGGCGUCGACCCUCCGCGCGCGCGAUUUACGCAUCAUCAGGUUUGAUGGGUCGCUAAAGACUGCUGACUGAGACCUCCAUCGAAGGUUUAGGCUUUAUCAGUGACGCAACAUUAUACUUAAGAGGCAUUGAUGAUUCUGUGCCAUUGGUAAAGGAAUAAUCGGAUGUGGACGUGCGUGCGUGAAUGAUUUGCGAUGCCAACUGGGUUUCCUGGGAUUCUUCUUUCUAUCUAAUCGACUUCGGUUCGAUCAAAAUUGAAGAUAAUCCGGCGUAUCACUCUGCAAAGUUUUUUAAGACUGAUUAUGGCCGAAUGCCUCAUCCUUAAUCACGCGUCCUACGUGUUGAAUAAACGACUGAAUAUCACUGAGCUAAUUAGGGAGAUCUUUGAUCCUGAGUUCAACUACCAGGACCAUUUACGUGAUAUACCGGUGGCGAGAGAUGUCUCUUAUCUGCCGGAGAACUAUUAUCACGCGGAAAAUACGGCAAGGGGACUGCAGCAGUUGAACAGAGAUAACAGAAAUUUGAUGCCGGAAUAUCGCAAUCUUUGCGAAACAGUAACAAAAAGAGUAGAUUUCAGUUCCGAUCCCAAUUACGAGUAUCAACCCCCGCAUUAUUACGAGGUCUACUGUAAAGGCUAUUCAUUGCUGAGCGAAGAUGACAGACUAACGAAACCAUUGGAACAGAAAUGCGUUCAUCCGGUAUUUCACUGCGUGCAGAGAAGUCGGCUUUUGACGUUCGUCAGACGACUUUGGGACAGUGAAUGUUGGGAACCGUACACGAAGGAAAUCGCCAGCGGUUGUGAUUGCAUGUGGCCGGUCACUAAUCUUGGCGAGAUAAGCCAGCACUAUUGAUUUAAUAGUAAAGUUGUAUGUGUUGAAGUUUCAUUGUAUAGUGCAGGCAUAUCGCAAAACUUUGUACGUACGUCCGCAAUAAACAAGAUCUUUCGUGAAAA